UGGUUCUUAUGUCUCUAACUAGAAAUAAUGGAAAAAGACGUAGAAUAAAAACCAAUAAGCAAGUUACUUGGGCCAACACGCUGACCUAUUUAAUCAGAUGUCGCCACGAAGACAAACAAUAGUGCACAAACAGCAAGCUCUCUCUCUCUCUCUCUCUCUCUCUCUCUCUCUCUCUCAAUCAAAAGUUCCAAAACAUAAAACCAAAAAUUUGAAUACAGGCAUUAUAGAGAAGGCUCUGACACGUUCCCGUGAAACCACUCAGCAUAAAGUUCUCUGAGCCAAGAAAGUAAAAGAGCUGCUCAAUAAGCCAUGGGUCUUCUCCUUCUGCCAUUCCAUACUUUAUAUUGUACUAUUUCUCUCUCCCUAACCAUCAAAAUUCUCUAUCAACGGCCCUGAUCAACUGGCUGUUCUUUGCUGUACUACUCACUUCAUCUUUUAUUCUCCUACCCCUCAAUAAGUAAUCUAAGUUGCACAAGUACUCGCUAUAACAAAUGGGUUCGUGCAAUUUCUCCGCAUUUUUUCUGCUUGUGUUAGUCGCAGGUUUAUUAUUACUCAGAGCAGAGUCGAAGACUUACUGGGGGGAUAUAGAGGUUUUGAAGGAGCUUAAAAAAGGAAUAGACUCUAGCUCAGUGAGUCCCGGUUCGUGCGUGAGUUCAUGGGACUUCAAUGUCGACCCGUGCGACAAUCUUUUCGGCGAGCAAUUCACGUGCGGGUUCAGGUGCGAUUUCAUCGACUCGGCCGGAACGAGUCGACUCACCGAACUAACUCUCGACCAAGCGGGUUAUGCCGGGUCGCUCUCUUCCAGUUCCACUACCUGGAAUCUCCCUUACUUGGAAAUCCUCGACGUCUCCAACAACUUCUUCUCCGGUCCGAUUCCCCACUCGUUCUCGAACCUGACUCACCUCCGUCGACUCGGUCUGUCGGGAAACUCAUUCUCCGGCAAAAUACCCACCUCGAUAUCUUCCCUCUACAAUCUCGAGGAACUGUACCUCGACAACAACAACCUCGAGGGCACAAUUCCACCAGGUUUGAACGGCCUCUCGAAAUUGAAUAGGCUCGAAUUCCAAUCCAACAGGCUCGUUGGCGAUUUUCCCGAUUUGUCCUCUCUCAAAAACCUUAACUUCUUGGACGCUAGCAACAAUGCCAUUUCCGGCGAACUUCCCCAAAAUUUCCCGACGUCUCUGGUUCAAAUAUCCUUGAGAAACAACAGCUUAACAGGAAAUAUUCCUUGGAGCAUAAAAAUGUUGGUUAAUUUGCAGGUAAUGGAUCUGAGUCACAACCGACUCAGUGGUCCAGUCCCUUCAAUUCUCUUCAACCACCCAUCUCUGCAACAACUCACUCUCUCAUUCAAUCAAUUAUCCUUCAUACAAUCCCCAAUUUCUAUUACCACCCAAAGCGCGCUCAUAGCCUUAGACCUUAGCAACAACGACCUUCGAGGGCUUUUACCUUCCUUCAUCGCUUUCAUGCCGAAGCUCUCGGCUCUCUCCCUGGAGAAUAACAAGUUCACGGGGAUGAUACCGACCCAGUACGCCAUUAAAGCUGUUGUGCCCGGGUCAGGUGUGUCGCCGUUCGUGAGGCUAUUGCUUGGUGGGAAUUACUUGUUCGGAGUUAUACCAAGUCCUUUAAUGGAGCUAAAACCAGGCUCUGCGAAUGUGAGACUGACGGAUAAUUGCUUGAUUAGGUGUCCUCAGAUUUUCUUCUUCUGUCAAGGCGGUCAGCAAAAAUCAUCCACCGAGUGUAAAAGCUUUAGCCCAGUAAUUCCCUGAACAUUUUAAAAAAGUAUUAUUUUAUAUAUAUAUUUAUAUAUAUAAAUCGUUAUCCUUCGGUUCCUUUUCAUUUUUAUUUGUAUUUAUUUUUUUUUUUUUCAGUUUUCAUAAUUUCCUUUUGAUGUUUCCGAAAUUGUAUUUAGUGGUAGAAAAUCUAUGUGUUAAAUGAUACACUGGGUAAUGGAUUUUGUUGGUGAAACAUGACGUUGACUAUGACGGAGGCCAUCAAACUGGAAUAACUGCUUCUAGUUACAUGGAUAGAUUUCUUUUUAA